AUGGCUGACCUCGCAAUGGAGGCCCCCGUGGAGGGGGACAUGCAGGAGUGGGAGGAAGGGAUGGCAGCUGCCGGCCCUCUCCCUCUCCAGACUUUGGAGGAACACGGUGUCGCGGCGUCCGAUAUCAAGAAGCUCCUCGAGGCUGGCAUUCACACCGUCGAGGGUCUCGCGUACGCGUCGAAGAAGCACCUCAAGGACAUCAAGGGGCUCAGCGAGAUGAAGGUUGAAAAGCUCAAGAUGGCCGCCACCAAGGUGGUUCCCCUGGGCUUCACCACAGCAUCGAUGGUUCAGGCUGUCCGGCAGGACACAAUCAUGGUGACGACGGGCGCGUCGAAGCUGGAUGAGCUUCUGGGUGGGGGUUUCGAGUCUGGAUCUCUUACGGAGAUUUACGGAGAGUUCAGGACGGGCAAGACGCAGCUGUGCCACACGCUCGCGGUGACGUGCCAGCUCCCGCUCGACCAGGGAGGCGCUGAGGGUAAGGCCAUGUACAUCGACACGGAGGGCACGUUCAGGCCGCAGAGGCUCAUCGCCAUCGCCGAGCGCUUCGGGAUGGACCCCAACGCGGUGCUGGACAACGUGGCGUACGCCAAGGCUCACAACACGGAGCACCAGUCCGAGCUCCUCGUCGCCGCCGCGGGGAUGAUGGCGGAGGCUCGCUUCGGCGUCAUCAUAGUCGACUCCGUCACCAAUCUGUUCCGCACCGAGUACGAGGGUCGCGGCGAGCUCAGCGCGAGGCAGAUGCACCUGGGCAAGUUCCUCCGCCACCUGACCAGGCUGGCUGACGAAUUUGGCGUCGCCGUCGUGGUGACCAACCAGGUGGUGGCCAACCCUGAUGGAAACGCCAUGUUCGCGGGAGCCAACGCGCUCAAGCCAAUCGGCGGAAAUAUCAUGGCGCACGCGUCAACCACUCGCAUCGCGCUGCGCAAGGGCAGGGGCGAGAACCGCAUCGCCAAGAUUGCCUGCUCCCCCGUGCUGCCCGAGUCGGAGGCGCAGUUCUCCAUCUCCGAGCUCGGCAUUGAGGACGCAAAGGACUGA